AUGGAUGAUAGUGACAAAGAGUGUGGAGGAUGUACACCAGCAGAGUGCCCUGGGAGUCACAAUGAUGGGGACACGUCAUCAGACGGGGAAAACAUGAAGCUUGCAGAUAUUCCUAUGGACAAUUCUCAAGGAACAACUGAAGGAGCAGGCUGUACUGCGGAGGGUGCAGAAAAUAAAGAUGUUGACGAAGAGAGUGCUGACGAAUGCUUAUUUGAUGACAUCACAGAUGAGGAAGAGGGGGAAGGAAUAGAAGACUUGUCACAGCUUGGAGCAGGUACUGUAGAGGUCAAAUUCCAGACUGUUCAGCAAGAGUCAUACCAACUUGUGGAAACAGUUCCUAACACAUCCAGCCUAAAGGACCCGACAACAGCAGCCCUGACACCAGCAGCCCUGACACCAUCGUCCACAUCCUCUCUUGUACCCAGAAUACCAGGAUCUGUUGUAUCAGAGAAACAGUCGUCCGGGCUACCUGUGGCACCAGUGACUGGUGAUUCUCCUGUAGUCACCCAGUACAACCUUUUCAAAGUACAGCAGCAGUUUGGAGAUGUGACGGUCAAGGGCGCAAGGAAUUUGAACUUUGGCGGACAGCAGAACGUUGGUACACCUCAGACCCGCCAAGAGGAAGAGGAGAAGCCAUUGACUGUUGCAGCACAGAAGAUCAGGAAAAGAACGGAAUCUAGGAUUCAGUCAAUGACUAAAGACAUGGUGGAGACAGAAGCCCUCCAAAAAGUGACGGAGAAGCUGGACAGUGGAGCAACAUGGGUGACAAUUAAAGGAAGGCCAGGAGAGGGAAAGUCUACAAUAGCCUACAUGGCCCUCAAAGAUCAGCACACACAGGGGAGACAAGUGUAUCAGGUGGCGUCACCAGAAGAGUUCAAUGACGUCAUAACGGCCAGCACAAACCCUGUCAUUAUGUUAGAUGACAUAUUCGGUGAUCUAGAAUUUGAUGUAGUAGAAUGGGCCAAGUGGAGACCAAGUCUUCGAUCUUUUGUGGAUAUGAAGGAUCCAGACAAGACCACUGAAAAGGACUCUAUGGAUAAGAUCACUCAAAGUAAAAAAGAGAGAACAAAGGAUCAGCAAACAAUUCUAAAGAGAACAGCACCAAACAAAAGCAAAACGAUCAUUAUCCUCGUAGGCCGUGACUAUGUCCUGAAAUCCUCACUGGCAGACUUGGGAAGGAUGGCAGGUUACAUAUCUAGUCCCCAGUAUGUGGUGGAAGUUUCCUCACAGAGAGACUCUAUAGAGCGAAGGAAGAUAUGGCAUGUUCAUGCCAAAACAAAAAACAUAGGCAUUGAUGAGUCAACCGUGUCUCUGAUAUGCCAAUCUGACUGUCCCCACGGCUUUCCACACGUGUGUAAAAUGUUUGUCACAACAUAUGAAAAGGAUCUGACUCAGCUUCCAAUAGAUAAGUUUUUUCAAGCACCUCUAUCAUUCCUCAAACAGACCCUAGAUAAAUUUCUUAAAGAUGAGAUAAAGGUUUCCCUGUUCAAGGCUAUGAUUAAAAGGGAUGGAAAGAUCAGUGGACAAGAGUUGGAAGAUGAGGAUGCCCAUGGAUGCAAAUACAUAACAGCUGCUGAUGAUUUAGUUGGAUCCUACCUCAAGAAGGAAGAUGACACAUACAUGUUUGACCAUCCCUCUAUAUAUGACAGCGUCGCUUUAAUUCUCAGUACAAAACAAUCAAAGUUUGUGAUCGAUUUCUGUAGUUUGUCAUUCAUCCAUCAGCGACUUCGUCUUAAAGCCUCCACAAGACCAGGGGAAAACGUUCCUGGUGAGACAGAUCUUGUUGCAAACAUCUCAUGGAACUAUGCUGAACAUCUAGCAAGAAGAUUUGCGACUGAAAUUUCAAGGAGAAAUUUGUUGCAUGUCUUAUCGCACCAGGCGUGUUGUAAUUCAGAGUUUAUAGACUUGCUUAUGGGCUGCCUGAAGACACAGGGUCGCAUGUCUCUUUUUUAUAUUUCCAAACUAGCUGAUAGGUCCUCAAAUAAGUCAUUUUGUGAAUUAAUUUCGAGCAGCAAGUCACAUCAUCUCAUCAAAUUUAUUAUGGAGAAAGAAAACAGAACAUUCAGCAAGAGUGAACUGAGAGACAUUUUAUUUGGGGUGUGCAUGAAUGCUGCUUGUAGAGUGCUGACCUAUAUCAGUGAACACCAGCAGCUUGAGAUAGACGCUAGAUAUGGUUGGAAGGAGAAAACGCCACUUAUGUUAGCAGCAGAAACCAAAGACAGUGUGUUUGUAAAUCAGAUUCUGGCCCUUCAUCCUAAACUGAAUGCACGAGACAGUGACAAUCAAACAGUCUUACAAUACCUUUGCGCAAAUGGCUUUACAUCUGCUGUGGAACAUGCAAUCAACAUGGGCGUGAAUGUUAAUGAGCAUUAUUCACGAAGUUUUUGUCCUUACCCGCAAGCUCCUCUAUAUUGUGCCAUAGAAAGUGGUCAUGUUGGGGUGGUGGAACUGCUCCUGCAAAAAGGAUGUCAUUUAGAAAAACAGAGAGGUCUUAAAUGUGCAUUGAAGAGCCAGAACACGCAUAUGACGCGUUUUCUUUUAGACAGAGGAGCAAAGGUUGAUGGUGAUGCAGUGUGCAUUGCUUGUGGGUUGAAAAACUUGCGUAUCAUCAAGAUGUUGUUUGAGGAGGGUGCUAAAGUUGACAUGAUUUCAUCUGAUGGCGAUACUCCUCUUCACAGUGCAUGUGGAAGAAACCCUCAUGUUGUCUCGUUUUUGUUGGAGAAAGGAGCAAAUGUGAAUGUAAAGAAUAAUACAGGUGGCACAUCACUUCAUACAGCAAAUAAUACAGGUGACACACCACUUCACACAGCAGUAGUUCGGGGAUCUACAGAGUGUGUGGGUGUGUUACUGAAGGCUGGAGCUCAAGUGAAUGUACCGAAUAAUUCAGGUGACACACCACUUCAUAAAUCAGCAGCAGGAGAAAUGUGGGGAUCUACAAAGUGUGUGGAUGCGUUACUGAAGGCUGGAGCUUAUGUGAAUGUACCGAAUUAUUCAGGUGACACACCACUUCAUACAGCAGCAGCAGGAAAAAUGUUGGGAUCUACAAAGUGUGUUCAUGCGUUACUGAAGGCUGGAGCUCAUGUGAAUGUACCGAAUAAUUCAGGUGACACACCACUUCAUAGAGCAGCAACAGGAGAAAUGUUGCGAUCUACAAAGUGUGUGGAUGCGUUAAUGAAGGCUGGAGCUCAUGUGAAUGUACAGAAUAAUACAGGUGACACACCACUUCAUACAGCAGAAGGAAGAAGAUCUGCAGAGUGUGUGGAUGCGUUACUGAAAGCUAGAGCUCAUGUGAAUGUACAGAACAAUACAGGUGACACACCACUUCAUAAAGCAGCAGUGUUGAGAUCUGCAGUGUGUGUUGAUGUGAUACUGAAGGCCGGAGCUCAUGUGAAUGUACAGAACAAUACAGGUGACACACCACUUCAUAGAGCAGCAACAUGGUAUGAAUCUGCAGAGUGUGGGUAUGCGUUACUGAAGGCUGGAGCUCAUAUGAAUGGACAGAACAAUACAGAUGACACACCACUCCAUACAGCAGCAGGACAGGGAUCUACAGAGUGCGUCGAUGCGUUACUGGAGGCUGGAGCUCAUGUGAAUGUACAGAAUAAUUCAGGUGACACACCACUUCAUGCGGCAGCAGCAGGAGAAAUGUGGGGAUCUACAAAGUGUGUGGAUGCGUUACUGAAGGCUGGAGCUAAUGUUAAUGUUCAGAACAAUACAGGUGACACACCACUUCAUACGGCUGCAGCAGAAGCAAUAUGGGGAUCUACAAAGUGUGUGGAUGUGUUACUGGAGGCUGGAGCUGAUGUGAAUGUACAGAACAAUACAGGUGACACACCAGUAUUUCAUUGA